AACAAAUCCCUAACUCCAUAAAUGGAUCUUCCUUCCUGGAAAUUUCACUCGCUUUCAUCAUAUCAUUAUCACUUUGCUCUACUUCUUUGACCCAACCCUGCGUUUCCUUCUCCGCCACUCUUCCUUCUCGGGUUCUCCCUCCCCACCUCUCUCUACAUUCUGAGGUUUUGAUUUUUGGUUUUCUCGCAGCCAUUUCUCUGCGCAAUUCUGUUCGCUGUUUUGGUCAAGAGAUGAGAGUGCAGCCGGAUUUGCUGGGGGGCGGCAAGGCGUUUCCUCCCGGAUUCAGAUUCCACCCUACCGAUGAGGAGCUCGUUCUUUACUACCUGAAGCGGAAGAUCUGCGGUAAACGCCACUGUCUGGAUGUUAUCGCUGAGACUGAUGUUUACAAAUGCGAUCCCGAGGAGCUGCCUGGGAUGUCGAAGCUGAAAACCGGCGACAGGCAGUGGUAUUUCUUCAGCCCUAGAGACAGGAAGUAUCCGAAUGGAUCGAGAUCGAGCAGGGCGACUCACCAUGGCUACUGGAAAGCUACCGGAAAGGACCGCAUCAUUUCGUGCGGAGCUCGUGCCGUUGGCAUAAAGAAGACUCUAGUCUUCUACCGAGGCCGUACGCCGAACGGGGGACGGACCGACUGGGUGAUGCACGAAUAUACAAUAGAAGAAGAGGAGCUGAAACGAUGUCCGGCCAUUGAAGGAUACUAUGCCUUGUAUAAGGCAUACAAGAAGAGCGGACCUGGUCCGAAAAAUGGGGAGCAAUAUGGUGCGCCGUUUGUUGAAGAGGACUGGGCGGAGGAUGAUGACAAUGUUUUGUGCCCGGUUCGGGACAAGGUUGUUCCGGUAGCGCCGCUUGAAGUCGAGCCGGUUGGUAAUUUUAAAAGCAUAUCGGCUGAUUCUCCGCGAGUCGAUUCUCUGGAUGAUCUGGAUGAGGUUUUGAAGUUAAUUGCGGAUGAGCCAAUGCCUACCCAGGCGCUCGGUGAAGACGCGCAUAAUGUCCCGGCGAGUUUUGAUCUUACGAAUCAUGAGGUUUCCGCCGUUCUUGACAAUUGGUUGCGAGAUCCCCUGGAUAAUGAGGAGGAUUACCUCGACGAUUUUCUUGAAAUGGACGAUCUAUGCGGCGAUGAUCCCGCACAACAUUCUGAUAAACUCGUCGAUAAUUUGGAGAAGCUAUUGUCUGAUGAUAUCGAUGGUUUGGUUCCAUCCGAUCUUUUUCAAGAUGCAUUGCCAUUCUUCGGCGAGUUGGGGACUGUUGAGUCCGGAUUGAUUUCUCAACGGUAUGCGAACAAUUUUGACAGCGGGGUUUUUAAUCUGAUGCCGGAAUCCUACUCGAACAAUCUUGAAACGGCAGCAACGAGCUACCUCCCGCAGCAGCAUUUCAAUAGUUUUGACGGAAUCGGGGACGAGCAAACACACAGUGUUGUAACUUAUGCGGAACCAAACCCGCGAUACGUUCCUUCAGAUUCAGGUGAUCUAAAAAGCAGCAGCAGCCGAAACCAUGAAAACGGCGGCGCAGAGUUGUCGUGGCUCUCCUCGACUCUGUGGUCGUUCGUCGACUCGAUUCCCGCGGCUCCUGCAUCGGCCUCGGAAAGCAUUUUGGUAAACAGGGCUUUGCAGCGUAUCUCGAGCUUCAGUAAGGUAAGAACUACUACUGCUGCUGCUGCUACUACUACGAACACUGCAUCAUUGUCGUCGAAUCGUUAUCGAUCAAGAAGGCGUUUUGCAUGUGUGUGUUUAGUCGGGAUUUUGUGUGGUGCCACACUGUGGAUGAUGAAUUGAAUUGAUGAUCGUUUUAGAUGUUGUAAAACUUUGGUAGUUUUUGGGAGAAGGAAGUUAAUAUAUAUAUAUGAAUCCGAAGAAGCUUAGGAAUGGUGAUUUGUAGAUAUUUCUUUGUAAGAACCAUUUAAGCUUUGGAUCUUGUACUCUUCCCCCCCUUCCUACUGAAGCUUAUAUUAGUAUCAA